UGAUAAAUCACGCUACGGCGGGGAGUGGAAUGAUAAAGUCAAAGAUAGAGCAGUCGACCGCUCCUCCCUUAGGACCUUUGUUGCAUCUCGUCAGGGACCAUGGCAGACUCUAUCUACACCAAUUACCCCCCUGUUCUUUCUCCUGCACAGCAAGAGUACUUGGUCACCACGACUAAAGACUGGGCAAUUCAAAAUGGUCUCGCAGUCCGGCCAGCUCCAAAUGCCCUUCCUGAAGGCGCAGAUUUGAAUCGAGUGUUAGCAACAAACGCCCCAGUCACUCUCUUCCCCAGUCCUUUCCCAAAAGCUUGCUUUGAGGAAGCUCAAGCGCUGCAGACCGUCUAUAAUGAACUAUAUGCGGCAAUCACCUGCAACGAGGAUUUUCUGGGGAAGGUCAUGGAAGAGCUAAUUGAUGUCGAUGACUUUGUCUCAAACCUCUGGAAAACUCAUUUGGCGGUCAAGAAAGAAGGAUACGUCCAGAAUUUGUCACUGGGGCUUUACCGGUCCGACUACAUGGCUGAUGUCACACCCAACCGUGCUCCAUCAUUGAAGCAAGUCGAGUUCAACACCAUCUCCUCGUCAUUCGGAGGACUAUCUGCCCUUGUGAGAUCACUACAUACGGAACUUCUUACCUCACCCCCGGGUACUCCUAUCAGCUAUCCGCCGCACCCUCUCCUGCAAUCCGGCGUGCCACCCGAAAACACUUCCGUUGAGACUCUGGCUGGGGGUUUGGCUACGGCACACAAGGCUUACGGUUCUUCGAAGUCGACUCCUGAACUCCCGCUGUGUGUUAUCUUCGUAGUCCAGGACGGAGAGCGAAAUGUCUUCGACCAGCAUGCCCUCUCCAAGCGGCUCACGGGAUUCCAUAAGGUCCCCGUCUUCCGUGUUCCUAGCAGCAAAAUCUUUGACCAAACCUCAGUGUCCGACUCCAACCCUUCUAGACCAUUGAUCUACCACCCUCCUCAUUCUCCAUCAUCUGCCUUCGAAGUGACCACCGUGUAUCUACGUGCUUACUAUUCACCUGAUGAAUAUACAUCUACUCGGGAUUGGGAUGCUCGGGUGCAUCUGGAACGCUCUGCUGCGAUCAAGUGUCCCACCGUGCUGAACCAACUAGCUGGUUGCAAGAAGGUUCAACAGGUCCUCGCGGAGCCGACGGGACCUGAUCAUCUCUCAAGCUUCCUCCAAGGCACUGACCCUGCAGUGAUUGCAAGAUUGCGUGAGACAUUUGCCCCUCAAUAUGAUCUGUCGGCCAAUGGACAGGGUCGGGAUCUGGCUCUCAACCCCGAGACGGCCCUGAAGCAUGUCCUCAAGCCACAGCGUGAAGGCGGCGGCAACAACAUCUACAAAUCUGAGAUUCCGGGCUUCCUUCAAUCCAUUCCGGAGAGUGAUUGGAAGGGAUGGGUUCUGAUGGAGCUCAUUAAUCCCGCACCCGAUGCCGAAAACAUUGCUCUGCGAAACGACGGAGAAGUUCUUCGUGGCAAUGUGAUUUCCGAGCUUGGUGUCUAUGGAACUAUCCUAUGGGAUAAUACGGGCAAGGUCCUUCAUAAUGAUCAAGGUGGCUGGUUGCUGAGAACCAAAGGAAAGGAAGUGAACGAGGGUGGUGUGGCUGCUGGGUUCUCCAGCUUGGAUAGUGUGCUCCUCUUCUAGUGUGUAGACUUCAUAGAGCAAUAGAGUCCCUGGAAUCUUGAAUUUAUCUUGUGAUCGGUACUGGUGGCAUUGACAUUGCAGAUUGUCAUUUGGGGAUCUUGUGCUACGCUAAUUUAGAGUUUUGUGUUCAGAGAUCGCAGGGGCUUGAAGGGCGUGGACGCUCCCGUCCGGCGUAUUUUAGGUGGGUCUAGCCUUGUGGUCCGUAGGUUUUCUAAUGAAUUCUCCUAUGAAGAUCUUUUUCGAGGGUUCUCCUGUUGAGUUGUCUCUAGGGGCCGUCUCUCUCGGAUGCUAUUCGUCG